UGCAAAUGUCAACCAUUUUAUAUGAGAGAUAUAAAGUACAAGCCAUGUAACGUUAAACAAUAUUUAAGCUGUGUGUUUCUCUUGGAAGAAAACUAUUCCAGUUCGUUGGACAGUCAUAAAUGUGAAUGUUCCGAAUCAUGUGACUCAAUGAAAUAUGACCCGUAUCUUUCCUAUGGCUCCUUUCCCAAUGUCGCAUCAGCAGCACUUUAUUCAACUUCCGAAAAUACAACAUUAGAAACUUUCAGGACAAAUAUGGUUGCAAUUGACAUCUUCUACGAAGAUCUGAAUUACAAAUCUCUCAGACAAGAUCCAGCAUAUACCUUACAAAGUUUACUGGGUGAAAUUGGUGGCUUAAUGGGUUUGUUUCUUGGUGCAAGUAUUUUGACAUGGACAGAGUUUGUUGAUGUUGCAGUCAUGAUGAUUUUGACUCGCCUUGGCAUUCAUAAAUAGUCUGUAUACAUACAUCUUUGAUUUAUUUUAUGGGCCCAGAAGUCUUGGACUCUGACAUAGAAGGCUGUUUUUAUUGAUUAUGUUGGACAGUUUAGUAUUUGGGGAGACGAUCUUGGUUUGUGAUUUCUUAAAUGAGCCGAUUGACAUUCCGUUACACUGACUGACUACGUCAAUUGCAAAAAACAGCCGUUUUUGAAAAAUUCAAAACCCUUUACAACUAUCCAAUCUACAUUUAAGCAUAAACAAAAAAUAUUUGCUUAUUGGUUUGAACUUAAUAAAUGUUUCGAAUACUUGGUGUCUUCACGUUUUUAGAAUCUUAUUUUACUCACAAAAAAUGUUACUUAGAUUUUCAAGUGCUCACUGCGUGAAGAUUUGUGCAAAGCUGGUGGUGAGAUAACUUUUCAACUUUUCGCAGAACUCUUUCGUAAAUUAGAGAACGAGGGGCGCUCAAACUUAGUUAGAUUAUUGGAAAUAGCUACUCAUUUAUAUGCAUGCAAAAGGCAAUUAGCCACAUUUUUCAUAAUUAAAACCUUUUAUCACUUGCUCAUAUGCAAAAACGAAAGCAUCCAAA